CAUAAGAGCAAAUUUUAACUUUCACUAUUUGGAUAGAGAUUUGAUUUAACAUAAAGUAAAAUUGCAGUCUGCUUUGAAAAUAGGAGCAUAUUAUAUUAAUUCAUGAAUUUCCCCAAUUUCUCUUUGCCCUAGAACUCAUCCAGAAAUGUUUUACGGACGUAGCUUCAAAAUGUUUCGCCCAGUUUGAAAAAAUGUACGAUGCCGCCACGAACCACAUUGAGGAAAUAUCUUACAAGCAGAAAAAGGAAGCGGAAGGGGUGAUCAAAUUACAGUUCAAAAUGGAGAAAAUCAUUUAUUGCCAGGACUCUCUGUACAGUGAAGCUUUGUCAGCUAUAAGAACUGCAGAGAGAAACAAUGGGCUAACCGAGGAGCAGCUGUCUUUAAAUCAGUUGACCUCUCAUAUGGAGGCGUACUUUCAGAAUACGACUAAUCGUUUGGCCAAUCAGGUCCCUCUGAUUAUUCAGCAUCACGUUCUGAAUGAGUUUAAGGACCAACUAAUAAAUCACAUGAUCCGUCUGCUGGAAGGAAGAAACAAGAAUGAGCUGCUUGAAGAAAGAGACGGCCUGUCCGGAGAGAGACAGAGGCUGAAGGAUAAGAUUCAGCUCGCCCGGGAACGUUUACAAAGAUAUUUAAACCAGAGUGAUUGAUAGAACAGUCUCUUCUCUAUGGACUUCAUGUUACAGGGGGAAAUCCUCAUUGUUGUAUGAAAUAAACUUUUCUUUUAGAAGAGCGAUUGACAAUUAAUGGCCCAGGAGCUGUACAUGGCCCUCACGGCCUCAACCAUAUAUUCUUUAAUAUAGUCAUAGGCCUAAUAGAAAGGUUCAUGUAUCAAUAUAAACACAAGUCACUGUAUAGAACUGCACUUAGAUUGUCUAAGGCCCCAUUCAUAUGACAUUUUGGCCACACGUCUCAACCUGUCUUAUGGGGAUGCCCAUGUAUAGCCCGUCUUGUUGCCAAAGUGGGCAUUGAUUUUACUGGGCCAAAUGUCAUCUAAUAGUUACCAUGUUUUGUUUUUUGUUUUUUAACAGUUUUUAUUGCGAUGUAAUUGCAUAAUAAAAGAAUGAUGUAA